AUGGCACCCGACCAUUCUGACAUUGUGUCGAUCUCGCCCUCAAAGGAGCAUGUCGAGUGCAAAAAACUCGAUCUCGACGUAGAAUUCGGUGGUACAGAGGCACGAAACAAGCUGGAGCGCAAAUUUUUGUGGAAACUGGACCUGUACAUGUCGAUGCUGGUUCUCAUGAGUAUCCUCAAUCUUAUAGAUCGAAACACCGCUAGUGCAGCACGCUUACGAGGGCUCGUCACCGACCUUCAUCUCGAGGGUCAACAGUUUGCGACGUUGUUGUCUAUUUUCUAUGUCGGAUACAUUAUCACGCAGAUCCCCUCCAACAUGUUUCUCAAUCACACUGGAAAGCCGUCGCUUUAUCUGCCUGCUUGUAUGGCGAUCUGGGGAGUCAUAACAGCGCUGACUGGGAAUAUUACAAAUUUCGUCGGAGCACUCCUAACGCGAUUCUUCCUCGGUUUCGUGGAAGCAGCAUUUUUCCCCGGCGCCGUGUUCUUGAUUUCGAAGUGGUACAAGAGAGGCGAAAUUGGCUCCAGAUUGGCUAUCCUCUAUUGCGGAAACAUGAUCAGCAACGCCUUCGGAGCUCUCAUUGCAUCAGGUAUUCUUGCUGAUAUGGACGGCGUCCGCGCGAAAGCCGCAUGGAGGUGGCUUUUCUACAUCGAAGGAGCUCUGACUGUUUUCGUUGCGAUAAUGGUUGUCUUUAUUUUGCCGGAUUUUCCGAUGACGACAAAGUGGCUUACUGAUGAUGAACGCCGGCUUGCAUUGAAGCGUAUGGAGGAGGACGCUGGUGUAGGGGACCAGACAGAAACUGAGAACGGUGGCUUCGGUUACGGCCUUUUCCUCGCUAUCACCGACUGGAAGGUGUGGUGGUUCGCAAUACUAGCGGUUGCUCAGGUUGUAGCGAUGUCCUUCAUUGUCUACUUUCCUACUCUUACUACGACGCUUGGGUACAACCCAACUGCAUCGCUGCUCCUCGUUGCGCCUCCUUGGGUAUAUGCUGUCAUUUUCAUAUUCGUGUGGGCCAGGCACUCUGAUAAAACACAAGAGAGGUUCUUCCACAUGAGUAUUUCGAACCUCAUUGGCAUAAUUGGGUCACUUAUUUCAAUAUGUACCAUGAACACUGCGGCCCGAUACCUAUCUUUAUUCUUCGUGGCGCAGUCCUGUUCGGCACAUGUCUUGAUGAUCACAUGGAACAAUAACACAUUUGCCCGACCGCCGUCAAAGCGCGCAGUGUGUGUUUCACUCAUCAAUGCAUUUCAGCAACUUGGCAACAUUUCAGGGUCGUACGUCUGGCCAAGCAAUUGGGGCCCUACCUAUCGAUACUCUUAUGUCAUUGUGAUCGCCUGUAACGCUACUGUGAUUAUGAUGACUUGGAUUCUCAGACAGCAUCUGAAGACGUUGAACAAGAAGCUAGAGAAAGAAGAGCAGAAGCAAGGGAUCAAAGAAAAGGGAUUCCGCUACGUUCUGUGA